AUGGGCCCGAGCAAUCGCAGCUCCUGGCACGGUUUCAUUCUACGCGGCUUCUCUGAACAUCCCAAGCUGGAGGUGACCCUGUCAGGAGUUGUAGCCAUCUUCUACCUAAUCACGCUGGUGGGUAACACGGCCAUCAUUCUGGCUUCUCUCCUGGACUCCCGUCUCCACACACCCAUGUACUUCUUCCUCAGGAAUCUGUCUUUCCUAGAUCUGUGUUUCACGACCAGCAUCGUCCCUCAGAUGCUGGUGAACCUGUGGGGACCCGACAAGACCAUCAGCUACGAGGGCUGUGUCGUCCAGCUCUAUGUGUACAUGUGGCUGGGCUCCGUCGAGUGCCUCCUCCUGGCCGUCAUGUCCUACGACCGGUUCACGGCGAUCUGCAAACCCCUGCAUUACUCGGUGACCAUGCGCCCACCCAUCUGCCUUGGGAUGGUGGCUGUGGUCUGGGGUGGGAGUCUGGCCAACGCUGUCGUGCUGUGUACACUGACCCUCCGUCUGCCCCGAUGUGGGAACAACCUGCUGGAUCACUUCUUGUGUGAGUUGCCAGCUAUGGUGAAGAUAGCGUGUGUGGACACCACGACCGUGGAAAUGUCGGUGUUUGCUUUAGGUAUCGUCAUUGUCCUUACUCCCCUCACCCUUAUCCUGAUCUCCUAUGGCCACAUCGCCAGAGCUGUGCUGAGAAUGAGGUCAAAGACAGGCCAGCGGAAGGCGAUGAACACCUGUGGGUCACACCUGACUGUGGUGUCCAUCUUCUACGGAACGAUUAUCUACAUGUACCUACAGCCAGGACACAGUGUCUCCAAAGACCAGGGCAAGUUCCUCACCCUCUUUUACACUAUCAUCACUCCAAGUCUCAACCCCCUCAUUUACACCUUAAGGAACAAGGACAUGAAGAAUGCGCUGAAGAAGCUGCUGACAGCUGCUUACCAUGGACCCAAGGAAAGGAAGAGGAGCUGGGAAUCAUAG